CCGGAAGUUAUAGAACACCAAUUGUGAAGAAAAAUGGCGGAUGGCGUGGACAUAGAUUUGUAUGAUAAUUUAGAAGACGGUUUUGAUCCAGUAGACAAUGAUGCUGUGCCAGAUGAUGACCUGUACAAUGAUGUGAUAACAGCAUCUUCCAGUUCAGAAAGAAUAGAUUUACCACAAAAUGAUGGGGAUAGCAAAACCCUGUCAAAUAUAUCCGUCCCUCAUGGGUACACAGGGAGAAGAAUCAGUCUGUAUGUUGGAAAUCUAACUUGGUGGACAACAGACCAGGAUCUCACAGAUGCUGUAGCUUCCAUUGGUGUCACUGACCUAGUGGAGAUCAAAUUUUAUGAAAACAGAGCCAAUGGGCAGUCAAAAGGCUUUGCAGUGGUAGUUGUGGGCUCAGACAAUUCAUCACGUCACAUCUUUGACAAACUCCAAAGGAAGGAGAUCCAUGGCCAGGUACCAGCUGUCACACACUGCAAUAAACAAGCCCUAAGUCAGUUUGAGGCUCAAGCACGCAAGGGCGACGCCUCCCCACAGAACGGAGAAACAUCAAACAAGUUUCCCAGAGAUGGAAACAAGCCCCCUCGUGGACCCCCUCACAACUCGCCUCACCAGGGUGGUCCCCCACCACAGAGAAUGCAGUCCAAUAAGCCGCCAAACAUGAUGCCACAAAGACAUCAGCACCCACCAAAUCAAGGACAGAGACCACCUCUGGGGCCCCCUCCAUCAGGUCCAAUGCCACCCCAUGGUGGACCUCCAUUUCCAGGUGGUCCCCCACGACAUGGUGGACCUCCACAGAUGGGAGGACCACCAAACAUGAACAUGCCCCCAGGCCCUAUGCAUCCUGGCGGUCCUAUGCCCCCAAGAAAUAUUGGACCUCCACCAGGAAUGCCAAUGAGAGGCCCUCCACCCCCAGGGAUGAGAGGACCCCCACCCCCAGGUCACGAUCCCAGAGGACCACCCCCAAGGCCAGAAUGGGACAGGCCGCCAGCUGUUUUCAACCGUCCUGGCCAACCUCCACCUCCGGGAAUUCCAUACAACCCCGCCCUUGGACCCCCUCCCCCACAGCCUGUCCCACCCCCCGGAGCAAGACACCCCCAUCCAGGGGGACCAGGUAUUGGGCCAGGUAUGCCACCCAGUGGCCAGCCCCCGAUGUCUUUGCCACCCCCAGGACAUCCAGGGGGACACCCACCUGCUCCUGCCCCUCAUGUGAAUCCAGCGUUUUUCCCCCCUCAGCAUGGACCUCCACCAGCAGGGCCAUUGCCAGUUCACUCUGCCCCAGAUCCGUAUAACAGGCCACCCCCAGGAGCCCCAGUGUCCUCGUAUCCAGGUGACCACUACAACAGACCCCCUCCAGAAAGUAUGUAUUCCAACAGCAGGGUUGAGCCUGUGUCACCCGCACUCAGUGAGCAAGAGUUUGAGGAGAUAUUCCAAAGGAACAAAACAGUGUCUAGCAGUGCCAUUUCUCGGGCCGUACAGGAUGCCAGUGCAGGUGAAUUUGCAAGUGCUAUAGAGACAUUGGUGACAGCCAUUUCCCUGAUCAAGCAAUCAAAGAUUGCUAGUGAUGACCGCUGUAAGAUUCUAAUCAGCUCCCUUCAGGACACACUCCACGGGAUUGAGGAGAAAUCAUAUGGGUCCAAGAGUACAUCAAGAAGAUCACGUUCAAGGGAGAGAGAGAGGGAUACUCGUGACCGUGAAAAGAGAAGUCGUCAUCGAACACGUAGUAGGGAAAGGGAAUAUCGUGAGAGGAGUCGGGACCGUGAACGUCACUAUGAGGAGUCGCGGUCCUCUCACAGGGGAGAGCGUGACCGCGACCGUGACAGGGAGCGAGAACGUGAGAGAGAGUAUAGCAGCAGUCGUCGACACUAAAUACUGACCGGCCAGAUUUUAUUCGGAAAAUGAUUCUACCUCGGGCAGUUUCCUAUACUACUAGAAAAUUGGCUCAAUACAUCUGUUCAGUUUAUGGACAAGAAGUUGUGUUCUAUAAAUUUUGUGCCAAAUCAUUUAUUUGAAUUCCGAUGCAAUACGAGAGAGGCAGCUAAAUAUAUUUUAUAUAAAAUGCUAUUGUUUUAUGAGGUUUAUAUUUUUUACAUGUGAUAAUAUUACCAAAACAUCUUCUUGCGUCAUUCCAAUGUCCAUUUUAUUCAUAUUGUACAAAAUAUCUACAGACAUUUGUAAUCCACAAGUAUGAGGAUGAGGGAGUGAGAUGGUGAAGAAGAGAGUAAUAUUUCUGACAAACUGAUAUCAUUAUUUAGAUUUUUUGUAUGAAACUAGAUUUAUUAGGAAUGACAAUCAGAAGUCAUUUUGGGUUACACUUUUCCAUAUUUACUUAAUUUUGUGAUCAACAUUAGAAAUGAUUUUAAACAAUGUCCAUAGAGGAUCCAUAUGGCAUUUUGUUUGGUAAUUUCAAUGGUUUUAUUUUCCUUAUUACUAAAUUAAUUACAUUUGUCAUUACAUAUGAAUUGUAGAAUGUCGCAUGAUUUUUAAGACAAAGUAAAACAUAAUGAGGUAUAAGAAAUAUUCUUUGUUCUGCAAAUUCUCCGAAUAAUAUGAGAUCUGCUGCAUGCAGGUAUUGUUUAUUCAGAAAUACUUUUCUAAUUUUUUACGGUUAAAAGUAGAGUUAUAUGUGAAUUUUUUACCCUGGUCCUCAAGAACAAAUUGUUUUUGUAUACGAUCCGCUUGAUUCAUAUCUACAAAAUUGAGUUCCAUUUGCUUUCUCUGAUGAGGAUGUCGUUCCUGGAUAUUUUUCCAUAUUCCUGUUAAAGUUCAGUGUGUUUGUUAUUACAUAUUUUUUAAAAUCUUGCUCACUUCGUUUGAUCAGAUGGAAAGUGUGUGAUAGAUUAUUUUGUAAAAAGAAAAUAUGAAUUAGACUUUCAGUUCACUUUCAUGUACCAUAUAUAUAUCGUGUCAUGGGUUGUCAUUACUUGCAACUUCAAUUUAAUGCUUUCAGAAAAUAAAACUUGAGAGAGUGGAAUCGGAUUUGUUUAGAACAAGAUUUUAAUAGAAAAUCUUUCAGCAGUACGAUUGUAACAAAAUUGAUGUGUGUGGACUGUGAAAGCUUCCAGCUGUGAGAGUAUUUAAACCUUAUCUGUGUAUGAGUGUGAGUUUAUAUUAACUAAUCCUUGUAUUUGUGUACCAGUAUAUGUGAAUGUGUGGACAUUAAGCCCUGUAAGUGUUUGUCAACUGCUGUACAAUUGUGUGGAUGCUAUUUAUGGAGAAGAGAAAUUGUGGACAAUUGCAAAUGUUUGUAGAUAUUUGAUUUAUUUGAACAUACACAAAUGUCUCGUGCUGCUCAGCAAUUAGCCGUUGAAGUAUUUAUUUUGUUAUUGCUUUUGAUACUUAUAUACUGCAUUUAAUUUGGAUAUUAUACCCCAUACCGACAGUGUUCAUUAAAGCGUCAGUAUCACAUCAGAUGGUGUGACUGAUUGGUAACUUGUGAUAUGUCAUUUCAUAAAUCUCUCAUUCAAAUUUAUCUUGUGCCAUAGUAACGCAUGUAGUUAACUUGUUUUUAUUGGAAACUUUUGUUUUCAUGUUACAUAUGGUGUAACAUUCAUACCUUCUAUACAUAUAUAUUAUAUAUAUACACACAUGUGGAAACAUCUUUGUCAUAAUACUUUGUAUGAGUUGCAGCUAUAAGUAAUAUGAUCCGAUAUGAUAUGCAUUAUGAUACCAAAUGAUUAGAAUUUCUUGUCUGUUAUGGUAAAUAUUGAAAAGGGAAGUAUAUACAAUUUCAUAAUCAGACCAAGAAUUCCAUGUGUUGGGCUAUUGUUGGUAGCUAGAGUUAUAUGAUGUUAUACUUUUGUCAUUUUCUUGAAUUGGUGUCAAAGUGUUUCAUGUCCAGAUUUGUUUUUAGCGAUCUUUUCAGGUACAAAUUUGAACUAUAAAUGGUCUCCUGUGGUUUUGGAUGAAAAUCAAGUUCUAUUUGGACAAGGUUUUCAUUGUCUUUACAUCUGAGACUUUUGUAAAGUUCAAAUGUGUAUCAAAUUGAGGUAGAUUUUAAAUGUGUUGUCACAUGCUUACAUUUUACAAUGAAAUGUAUAAAGGUUGAAGGGAAAAAAACCAGAAAAUACUAAUUAUAUCCACAAUUCAACUAGAUAAUUCUCGGGAAGAAUAAUUUCACAAGAUAGCUAAACUUACUUGCAUCAUUUGGUAAGACCGAAUAAUAUUCUAAAAACACUUGACUUAAAAAUGUUUAGUAAAGGAAGAAAAACCUGUGAGUUUAAGGUUAUUAAGGUCUUUUUUUAUUGAUUUUGAAAGAGUUGAGUGAGGAAAAGAUUAAAUAUUUAUUUUUUGAAGUUUUAGUGUCUUGUAUGUAUAGUGUGGUUAUAAUGUUAUGCUGUCCUUGGGCAUAUGUUGGAAUGGUUGGAGUGUUUCUUGUUUUGGAUGUUGCAUUCUGUUUUAGAAUACAAGUAUUCAGAAUUAAACCUGGGUUUUAAGGAAGUGUUUAAACAUCAAAAUGUGUGAGAGUGAAAAGUAUAUAACGUUUUAACCAUGCUAUAUGAAUGAAAAAAACCUUUCAAACCAUAUUUUGUUGAAAAGCAGGUUACCUUUAAAACAUAUGUAUUUUUAGAAUGGAGAGAAAUAUUUAGAUCUUUAAAACCAUUCAAUAAAAGAGGGAAGAUAACAUAUAAACUAUAUCGACUCAGAAAGGAGAAAAAUUCUGUCGAGAGAGAAAAUAUUUUGGUGAGUGCCACGGCUACAAAACUGCAUGCAGUGUUUGAGAGAAAGAGAGAGCACAUAAGCUAUAUUUAUUGUUCUGAAAAAGUAAAACAGAUUGAAAUUCAAACAAAUAUUCUGUAUGAGAGAGAGGGAGAGAGCGAGCAAUAAAUGGGGAGUAAACUAUGAGAGGAAAAGGUGUACUCCACUGUAAAUUUUUCACACAAAAUUGAAAUCUAAAUAUAAACAUUUCUGUCCAUAUUAAGAAAACUCAAUAUUUUGGUAAUUGACAUGUUUUUUAAAGAACAAGUAAAGGUACUGUGUAUGUUAGAUAAUGACGACUGUGAAGGUAACUCCAGUAAUUUGUCGAGUUGUACAGUAUUUAGACAAAGAAACUAGGAGUACUCGGUAGCAUGGUAAUGUCAAGAUCACGAACAGUAAGUACAGAAAUAAUCAAGAAAUUAAUUUCCCUGCAUGUACAAUAGUAAAUGUGGUUCCUUAUUUUUUGUCUUCAAGAAAAUCUGUGAGAGAGAGAUUACAAAUUCAUAACAUAUCAAUCUAUUUUAAUUAAAGCCGAUUCAAAGUUUGCUUGGUUCACUAAAAUGAAUCGGUCCAAAAAAUGUUUCCUUUUCCAGCCGAAACUGAUGGCAGAGUUGGUCAGUAUUAUCAGAAUAAUUUUUAGGUAAAUAUGAGUUGUAAAUAUAAUUGACAUUUGACCUUUUUUCUAUUGUAGGUUUUGUAACCAUAGCGAUGACCUUGAGUGGUGUUAACGUCCUUAUGAUGUAUUCAGCCUCUUCAAUCCAUAUGUUAGCUUUUUGUACAAAAAAGAGAGAAGUACUUUGUUUUGUGAAAUCAGUGUGUAAAUAGUUAGUCAAAGGAUCCUUAUUUUUUGGAUUCACUUCAUCACUGUAAAAAGACUUCAACACAAAGACACUGGCGGACUGGAUGGACUUGCAGCAGAAAGGAAGGAGGACCGAGGGAGCAUCAUUCAACUGGAAAAGAAAAGUGUGCAUCAUUUUCAUCUUAUAUUAUUCAAAGGACUUCUUCAUCUAAGUGGACAGCUAAGGAACACAAAUAUGAUUUUAUCCGAGAUUUUAAACCACUUUUUAUGUUGUUAAAAUUUCUCCCAAUAAAAGAAUAUGUGUUGUAAUA